AGGAUGCCGCCGGGCCUCGACGCACACGUGCAGGAAGAACACCGACAGACACCAAGCGUGGAUUCGCUCCACUAAAUGACAAUCUGCUGUGCCCGCCGCGUCGUCUGGAUGCCACAACAGUGUUUCCUUAUUCACACUUCAUGGAUUUGGCAAAGUGAAAUUGGCUGCUGGUGCUCGAGCUGGAAAGACGGAGAUAACAACAAGAAUUCCUCCAGCAAUGUUUUUGUCUCUGCUCCAGUUGGGUGUUCCUCAACAUCCUCAACAGCAUCCAGAGCUGAGAGGAAGCGAAAUUGCAUCCUUCUAGUAAGGCCGCUGCCUCUCUAAGACCUGUGAGCGUGACUCGCUUGUCCAGUGAAGCAGAACAUCAGCUCCACUUCAGGCCCUUUGUGAGAGCACAACCAGGAAGUCGAUAAUUUUAAAGAAAGAAAGACAGGACUCGACUAGUGGGAUGUGACUCGAUGUCCUCAAAUGCCAAGGCAAGCCAAGAUGAGUCAGAAUGCUGCAUGCGGUCUCUCACAGCUUCAUCAGCCAGUUUGUAGCCCGGUAUAAGGCAGGACAACCUGCAAAAACAUCCCUGACGCGGAACAAUGUGGUCCAUUUUUCACCAUGUGACACCGGUGAUGAGGCCGACCCAAUACGUCAUCAUAAUAGCCAUUCCGGGAGAGGCUGAUGGCACUUGGGGACAUCUUCAUCUGCUAAUAAAGUGCACCGUUUUUAGUCAUGGAAUAUGCCGUGUGUGUGUGAGAGGGUAUGUGUGUGUGGGAAGGUAUGAGUUAUAGUAAUGAUCCUUGAAUGGCAAGGGAGUCUUAAAUGGUGCACUUUCACAAGAUAGACUGUCUUUUGCAAAUGCGUUUGCACGCACACACACUCACACCGAGCAUAUUAUCAUGCAACUUCCACAGCCCUUUAUCAGACACAGAGCCAUAUUACAUAAGACUAAGUGGAUAUUUUAAAAUGAAGUCUGCAUCUUUCACUAUGAAGUACUUAUUGGUAAAAAGUGUGUUAUUUCUCCAGGCGAUCAAUCAAACCAAUAGAAAUGAUAAUAAUGCAAAAUAUUUUUAUCUCUUAAUCAGGGCUGUCCAAAUAUGUUCCUCAAGGGCUACUAUCAGGAUCAGGAUCGUUAUCAAGCUUCUGCAAAUUUGCUAAUCAUCUGUUCGCUGAACCACAAACUACAAUUACUGCGGUCCAUAUUAAGAGUGUUGGGGAGAGAAAUUAUGAGAAAAGAAAGAAAUAGCAAAAACACAAGCCUCAAAUUAAUUACUCACUGAGCUGAAGUGAGCUCCCAACCCAGCUCAACUCAUCUUUAUUUAUGUAGCAUUUUCAGCUGCAGCUGUAACAAAGCGCUUUACAGAAAAUGACAUCAAACAUUAACAAUUAAACAAUCUGCUAGAUUAACAAUUGUGUAAAGACAGUGUGUAUAUAAUCUAGAUUUUUCAAUGUUUGUUCGGUUUAAAAUGCCUUUAUUAAUUUCAGUAAUAUGCCCAAAAAAAACCUGUCAUAGAAAUUUACAUGUUUAGAAUAUAAUUGAAAAUGUAGCCAUAACUAAUUAUAUUACAUGGGUGUCAUGGCCUCACCUUGAAAUAUUUUGCCUCCAUAUUUUUGCUACGGAUACCUGAAGGAGACAAAUUAUCUGAUGUCAAAUUUGCUGGAUCAACGACUGUAACAACCGCAAUGCACUUGAAGGGAUACUAAAGUCGUUUGUGAUGACAUUUUGCUUGGUCUUCUGCUGAAGAAAUUGGUGUACUGUUACGCCUAUGAAUGAUGGUCUCUCUGAGACACCGUAGUGCGCGUACUUCGGAAUGCACACAUUUCAAACUUAAGUCGUUGCAAUUAGUUCACCAUCAAAUGGCUUUGAAAAAAAUCCACAGACUGUCUCUUUAAAAUGCAGAUUUUUGCUGAAUGUUUGUUCAGUUCCCAAGUUAUGCAGAAUUGUAAGACCUUGGGGUCUUUGACUCUUGAGGUUCCACUGUAUUAAGAUCCUCGUAUCUGUCUAUUUUUUAGAUUGACCUUGCUUGCUCUCAUUAAGAUCAUUCAUGAGCUUCAGCCGAUUGCAAUCCUGGCAUGUGCGGCAUGUGAGUGUGGUGACCCUGAGCAGACCGCCGACCAUAUAAUCAACAUCUGCCCCUUAUAUGCUCCACCCUCGGAAGACAGCCUCUUCAACCUAGGACUAGAGAUGCGGGCAUGGCUACGCGACACCGAGUUGGACAUUUGACAUUUGACGUUACACGAAAGAAGCAAUCCUGGACUGGUGGCAAGUCAAUUGCAGGGAUGACCAAGCGCUAGAUCGUAUUCCAGCUGGCUUGAUUAUGAUUACUUCCCGCUUCCAGAUUUGCCAGCCUACGCUGGUCUGUGAAAUUACCAACAGCAGGUCUAACCGGCCUCCAUGCAGCGAUACGGUAACGGUUUAUGCCAGUGACGAAAACAGUCACUGAUACUCUCAACUUUCUCAUUGCUCUCAACCUCUCAGCGUAAUAUAGGCCACUUUGUCCUGCUUGUCAAUGAUCCUACAGCAUAACCUUCCCACCGAAGACUGGAAUUUUAGACUAUAUUUAAAGUGGGAAUUUGGGGAUGUGAAUUUGGAAAUUCUCACCACCACUUGGUAUGGAAGAAAACAAAUGCGUCGCUGCAUGACAAGCCUGUUUGUCUGCCACAUGUGCAUGCAUGACAUCAUCGAACAUGUGUGUGCAUGCACCAGCUCUGAUGCACUUUUGUGUCUUGAACGCCUUCACAGACUACAUGUGCUGGUUGUUUGCUCACAAGUUUGCGCACCAGUUGCGCGGUGGGUUGGUUUGGAUUCAAACGUGUGCGUGGAGGGAGCUUGCGAGGGAAGGAGCCAACCGCCCUCCUCCUCCAACUCUUCGUCAUCAUCAUCCUCCCCGCGCUUGGAUGAGAAGUGCACAUUCGCCGUCCUCAGAUACAGAGCUCAGCUUUCAUCGGAACCGCUCGAUUCCACCAAAUUGGACCCACCGCUGUGUGAACUGAAUUUGUGGCCCAAAAUGGAUGCCGUCGACUGGAUGUGGCGGCACCCCUGGAUUAGCCGCUGAUGUGAUUGACAUUUGAGGGCGCCACAAAGUUUUGGUAAUCCAGGCGGGCAGAAAAGGGUGCAGGAUGCAGUCCGGAGUGAAGACGCUCUCCGCAGGUGGAGGUGCGUCUCUCUGUUGCCUGCUGCUCCUCUGGCUCAUCUACUCCCAUCUGCUCCGAGAGGGCCAGUUGGCGGUGGGAACCUGCGAGAUAGUCAUGCUCAACAGGGACAGCAGCGUUCCCAGACGGACCAUCGCCAGGCAGACAGCCCGCUGUGCCUGCCGGAGAGGUCAGAUUGCCGGCACUACACGGGCCAGGCCGGCAUGUGUCGAUGCGAAAAUCGUGCGGAGUCGUCAGUGGUGUGAGAUGAUUCCCUGUGUAGAGGGCGAAGUUUGCAGCCUCCUUCUCAACCGCUCGGGAUGGACCUGCACCAGAAGCAGCGGACGCAUCAAGACCGUCACGCACUGAUCUUCACUGGCGCCUUCUCACAAAAUCAGACGGCCCGCCUCAUUUGAACUGCGAGACGUUAUCAUUUAUUUACAGCACUGGAUGUUUACAAGUCAUGUUAAAACAGGGCCACCUCCGGCUCAGAGAGGAGGUCCAAAAUUGGUGAUUGCAUUACACAGCAAAGUACUUGUGAGAGAAGUUCCCUCAUCCUGUGCGCCUUAAGAAAUGCUAUGUUUUCCACGUCGAGUCCUUUUCACGUUGCGAUCUUGUUAGCAGCCGUGGAUGAUGCGCUCUGGUUUCAUGGGCCCGGUUCUUCUCGUCCUGUGGGACCACAUUCACCUUGUUAGCCUUUCAAUUAGCGGUAGCAGUUCAUCGUGCUGCCCUCAUCUGCUGCCUCAGCACUCCAACUUCAAGAAGGUCCCCGAUCGAUGACUUAAACCUGAGGAAAGAGACAAGGUGCUCCAUUGUGAGCCCAGAUAGUGUGAAACCUCAAAUGAGGUACACAAACUCUUCCGUAAGAUGCUCAACCUACUGCUGUGCUACAGGAAAAUGUUAUCUUUUCCAGUGUGAAACUGUCAACAAUAAGUAACAUUGUUGAAAGUCUUCGUGAUCAUGUGUAAAAAUCACUUAAAUGAAAUAAAUCAAUAUUCAUCAUUAGGUUUGGGGUUAGGGUUAUUGGUUAAGUGUCAAAGUACGGUUUCAAACUAAAGUCAUCUUUUCAACCUAGGGUUAGGGUUUCACAAAGUCGUGUUUUAAACUAGGGUUUGGGUUUCGUAAAAGGAUUCCAAAUUAGCCUUAAGGUUUUAAAUUAGGGUUAAGGUUUCAAAGGAGGUUUUCAAAUUAAAAUUAGGGUUCCAAAUUAGGAUUAGGGUUGAGUUGUGUUAGGGUUGGGGUUAGGGUUAUUGGUUAACUGUCAUAGUACGGUUUCAAACUAAAGUCAGCUUUUCAAACCACGCUUUGGGUUUCGUAGAAGGGUUUAAAUCUAGGGUUAAGGUUUCAAACUAGUAGUAGGUUUUCAAAGUAGGGUUUCAAACUAGGUUUGGGAAUGGGUUUAGGGUAGAUAGGAUUUAAAAUGUUGAAAUCAUCAUUAACUAAAUUAAUCCCAGAUUUAAAAAUAAUGCUGCUGAAAGAAUUAAAUAAUAAAGCCAACAAUGUCAAAGAUAAAAUAAAAAAUAAAAAAAUACAGUUGUGGCGUUCAUCCAUUGGAUGCUGAUUAAGCUGACUUUUGUGACAUGAAUAUUGAGAUUCCAAUUCAGCUGUAAAUCUACAUUGCUCUGACAAAAUCUCUUUCUCUCAAAGUCAUCUUGACAUGGGGCCUCUUCAUAACCGUAUCCCGUCCUCAUCUUUGCCCAUCUGAAGGGUUAACAUGAUAUAGCAAUCCAUCGUGUUUGUUCCUUUUAUCCACCCACCCCUUUCGGAGCUGCUCCUUGAAUUGAAUAGAAAGCCAGAGGUUUGCUUUGCAGAUUCCAUUGCGGCUGUCGUGGCUUUUAUCCCUUUGGGCGUGCUCAUUUUCUCCCUUGUUUUGAUUUAAAGAUGCAGUAGAAGUACUUAGCAUUUAGAUGACAUGCCGGAGAGAGGUGUGAUGGAUCAACAGCUCUUCAGAGGGAUGAAUUCCGUCACCAGCCUGGGCCAGGCCCAGCGAGUCGAUCCUACAGAUGGACGAAGCGGGUGACAGAUCACAGGACGGCAAGCCGGGUCGGCUGCGGAAUACCAAGUCCGCGGGCGCGAGCGAAACAGAGCGCCUGGCACGGCCAAGAAGAAAGCAGCGGAAUGCCAAUGCGGGCUCUCCGACGCUCGCCUCGCCGUGGCUCCUCUGAUUGUCUAAACACAUCAUUAGCUUUGUGAUUAGGAUUAGCUGAGUCAUUAUCUACACAAGAGUGGCUCAUUCACCAAUAUUGAGAUGACAAGGAACCUGUUUUUUUCCCCACCACUUGAGGCGAAAGACAUUGUCGACAAUUAAGCCGUUGCUCGCGGUGCACCUCUUCGAGAAAGUCAAGCGAAAUUAAAAGCGUACUUAGUAACCUUCUUCUUCCAUUGUUUCACCUUGGCUAUAAUUGCAAGACAUACCAUCUGUGCUUUUAAAUGAACAUAUGUUGUGCGCCAAAGGCCAGCAUGUUGAAUGAAGGUUCAAUAAAAUGUUCCUUUAAUGCCAAUUGCCUUUCU